GCUGGCGCAAGAAUUCCUCACGAACGCAAAAACCCUCGACGCGACCCCACCGGGACAACCCCCAAGGCCACGGACGUCGUGCAGCUCCGAUUGGCAAAGAGAUGCCGAAAAAGCGAGUCCUCUAGCUGUUUACCCUUGUUGUUGUUGAUUGAGGUUUCGUGGAUGCCAAGAACACCAAUCUGCCUUUUAGUGGCUCAAUUUCCUCGACCAAAUGCACGAAGGCACCAUGACUCUGGCACAACGCCUGAAGUAAGUCGCACUUUUCUCUCCUUCUGUCGGUAUCUUUCGGAUUUCUCGCCAAACAUGCCUUCUAGAGACGCGCCAUACCUUCUCUGGCCAGUGGCAGCUCUCCUCGUUGACAGAAACAACGCUAACACACCUCCUGCCCUCUUCAAACGAUGCCUCUCCGCAUUCUCCGUGCUCGCCGCACAGUACGCCGGUGUCGAGGCUGCUCCACUGAGAGGCGAAGUGGCCGCCGCAUUCGAGGCCGUCUACAGAUCGGCUAGCGCGCCGACGCGAACAAUUCUCGCCGCCCACCUGCCCGAGAUAAUUCGUGGCCACGGAGGGGGUGGAAAAUCAUGA